AUGAAGUUAUGUGCUUUGGUUCAAGGAGAUCGCUCUAUCAACGAAUGCUGUCAGAAGAUGAAUGACAUUGCCGAUUUAUUGGCAAAUAUUAACUCCCCGGUCUCGGACAAAACCCUUGUUACAUACAUGCUCAACGGUCUUUCUCCAAAGUUUGAGAACAUCUCCAUGCUUAUCAGCCACAAGGACCCGCUUUCCUCCUUCCUCGAGGCUUGCUCAACCCUUGUCUCAAAAGAAUUUUGUGUCAACCGCACUCAUUCGUCUUCAUCCAUCCAUUAUGAUCAUGGUUCUGCACCUCAAAUACUCAUAGCCAAUAACAUCAAAUCUUAUUCUCAAUACCCUCAGCAUAACCAAUCAUCUUCAAAUCGGCAAACUGGAGACUCUUCCAACAACCGUCAUUCUCAGCCACCUAAACCCAUCACUGCUCGCUACCCUCCUGCUCAAUUGUGGUCCCCUUACUUCUACCCAUGGAAUGCAUAUGGAUGGCUGGCUCCUCCUCCGUGGGCUGUUCCUUACCCGCCGUAG